UAGAAAAAUGAGAAAAUUUCCAAUUUUUUUUGAAGUGUCAAAAUACUCCAAGUCCCGGUCUCAGUCUCAUGCAUAAAUAAGACUGUUUCAACUUAAUUCCAAAGAGAUAGAGAGAAAGUAGAAAUAUAUGAUGGAGUACGAUAUAUUGUUAAGAAGCCCCAAGAAGGAAGAACAAGAGGUUCCGGACACUGCCGCCGGAGACGGGGAGAUUGAUAUUAUGGAUGAAUUGGAAGGUUUUUUGGGGAUUGAAAAUGAAGAAAAGUUGUUGGGUGGAAACUGUGGCGGGCAUCUUAGUUGGGAAUUCAUGGAUUGGGAAGGGUUCAACAACGCCGAGGAGGAAGAAGAGGAUGAGGAGGAAGAGGAGGAGGAGGAGGAGGAGGAGGAAGAAGAAAGAGACCGCCGGAAACGUUUCCCAGUCAAAGAAGAAAGUCAAUACAAAGGCAGAUCAGUCACAAAGGAGGAGAAUCUAAUUAGUCUUUGGGAUGAAGAUGAAAAUAGGGUCUCUCUGAACUUGAACUUGAAUUAUCAAGAUGUCUUGGAUGCCUGGUCAGAUCGUGGGCCUCUAUGGGCAGAUGAUUAUUCACUCUCCAUGGCGGCCGCCACUGCUGGAUAUUAUAUGGGGGAGGUGCCGGUGAUGGAAAAGGAGAGAACAAGAAGGGAAGCAAGUGUGCUGAGGUACAAAGAAAAACGUCAAACAAGAUUGUUCUCUAAGAAGAUAAGGUAUCAAGUCCGCAAACUCAAUGCAGAUAAAAGACCAAGACUCAAGGGUCGAUUUGUGAAGAGGGUUUGCCAGUCCUAGGAUGGGAAAAUAUCUUGGAAAAAAUAUCUUCAGUCAGUGGGGUUAUUCUUCCGUGAUGCUCUGUUUCUGUCUCAUUGCAAAAUAUCUCGCGUACGUCAUCCAGACUUUUUUUGGGCGUGGGUUAUGGGCGAUUUGUGUCGUGGACUUGAGGGCCAUUAUGCGUAAUGGGCCCUACUGCUCAUACCAGAGAAUGGUCUACUCUCCUGGUCCUGGCAUUUUGUGAUAGACCCAAAAAGGCCCAUUUAAGACUUAUGUUUCAAAAUGUCAGAUGAUAGUGAAUUACUACUUGUAUUUACUAAUUCAUCAAAUUCUUUUGAGGCAACUGCAUGCACAGCUUAUGAUUGGUUUAUAUCUCUUCACUUCUCGUCUUAUCAUAUCUUUAAUUGAAAACGAACUAAAUAACUGUUGUAGCU